AUGGAGAUCUCAGCGAAGAGGUCUUCGACUUUAUAAUAGUUGGUGGAGGCAGUGCAGGAGCAGUACUUGCUAAUAGGAUUACAGAGGAUCCAAGGUUCAAAGUUCUACUGCUUGAAGCGGGAGGAGCACCCAACUUUGUAACCCGUAUCCCAGCACUAGCAUCUCAUCUUCAACUAUCUCCUUAUGACUGGCAGCAUAAAACAGAUCCUCAGAAAAAUGCCUGUGGCGCUAUGGAAAAUAAAAGAUGUUUGUGGCCAAGUGGAAAAAUGUUGGGAGGCUCUAGCUCAAUAAAUGCCAUGAUGUACUCAAGAGGAAACCCCCAGGACUAUGAUAGAUGGGAGGAAGCUGGAAAUCAAGGCUGGUCUUUCUCACAGAUAAAUCAGUAUUUCCUGAAGUCUGAAAGAAAUCUAGCUGGACAUCCAGGAGAUCACGGACAGGAAGGGUUUCUACCUGUGGAUGAUGCAAGAUAUACAACACCUAUGGCACAGGAAUAUAUGCAGAUGGCAAGGGAUGCAGGAUAUGAACUGAAAGAUCUGAAUGUUGAGAGAAAUACAACUGGUUUCAUGGUUCCCCAUGUUACAUUAGGUCAGACACUUAGAGACGCAUUAAAGGGAGUGACCGGCUAUGUAGAAGCUGACCUUCCUGUUGGUCUCAAUCUUCAAGAUCAUUUAACAACUAUGCUAGGUCCCUUUGUGAUAAAUGAAUCCCUGAGUUUUGAUCCUUCACAGCUUCUUAACUUCGGGACAGUUCGGGACUAUUUUCUCCAUGGUCGAGGCCCUCUCUCCUCUACCUUUGCUGUAGAUUUCAUGGGAUUUAUCAACUCAAAGAAUAACCUGGCUACUGACAACCCAGAUAUCCAGCUCAUUUUCAUCUCAUCAACUCUAACAGCGGACUUCUAUACGUCCCUCUACAAAACUUUCGGACUCAAGAACACCAUUUGGGAAGAUUAUUUCAAAAAGUUUUAUUUUCCAAGAAAUCAGUAUGCUGUCAAUAUUCUGCCUAUUAUACUGAGACCAAAAUCUAGAGGUUCUGUGAGAUUAAAAUCUAUUAAUCCUGGAGAUGCUCCAUUAGUUAACCCUAACUACUUGGGGGAGGAGGACGAUGUUAAAUUGCUGACAGAAGCUGUUGAGAAAACAUUUAACAUGGUUAAUUCUGCUGCCAAUCUGAAAAAGUUAAGCUACAAGAUACCAAAUAUUGCCUUUCCUGGUUGUGAAUCAAUAGAGCUCUUCUCUACAGCCUACUGGAGCUGUUAUAUCAAGCAGAUGUCUUUAACCAUGUAUCAUCCAGUAGGAACUUGCAAGAUGGCACCAGAUCAAACAGGAGUAGUGAACCAUGAGUUGAAAGUGAAGAAUAUUGAAGGAUUACGUGUUGUUGAUGCCAGUAUAAUGCCAACUGCAGUUUCAGGAAAUACAAAUGCUCCGACCAUUCUGAUUGCCGAGAAGGCAAGUGAUAUGAUCAAAGCUAGAUGGAGUUCACACCAAAGUCCAGCCAAACCAUCAAGGGACGAAUUGUAAAAGAGACCAAAAAUAUCUUAAUUGUGAUACGUAAUAUUAAAGUUGUUGGUUUUGAAACAAUAAAAUGAACUGUUUAAA